CUGUCGCCGGUAAUUUCUCUUUGGAGCACAUGGGUCACCACUGAACAAACACAAGGAGACAUAACCUACCAAACUGUUCAAUGUUUAUGGCUCAUUAUUUGUGAAUUAGAGAGAUUGUUCAUUAUAUCUACGUGGAUUUAUCAUGGCAUCAGUUUACAAGACAAUUUAUCCCGUCAAGUACCUCAGAGAUCAUUUGUCUCAGAAUAUACGGCCGGAUGGUCGUGAAUUCCUAAGCUUUCGACCGGCGAGUGUAAACGUUUCAUCGAUUGGUCAGGCAGACAGCUCUGCAAUAUUUAAAAUUGGAAAUACAACAGUUGUAUGUGGAAUCAAAGCUGAAUUGGCUGCACCAACAGCACAAGCUCCAGACUGUGGAUUUUUGAUCCCAAAUGUGGGAUUAUCUCCCCUCUGCUCAUCAAAAUUUCGUCCUGGACCUCCGAGUGAUCAAGCACAAGUUGCAACCAAGAUCAUUGACAAUAUCUUAUGGAAUUCCCAUAUUAUUGAUCUCAAAGAUUUGUGUAUUUGCAAGGAUAAACUGGCUUGGGUAUUGUACUGCGAUCUUGAAUGCAUCGAUUCUGAUGGAUCCAUCAUUGAUGCCUGCUUGGGGUCUCUUAUGGCGGCUUUAUCCACUUUGACGUUACCUGAAAUUCUUCAUAAUUCUGAAUCACAAUCGACGACAGUCCACCCCAGUAACAGAGCUCCUGUACCUUUGAAAGGGAUUUUCACCUCAAUAUCGUUUGCAGUUUUUGACGAGAAUUUAUUGCUUGUUGAUCCGACUGAUGAAGAAGAAACUCAAGCUCUAGCCAGAUUCACAAUAGUCAUGAACAGGGACGAGUUCAGCUACAUUCACAAAUCUGGUGGAGUUCCCAUUAGUCCAGAUCUCCUUUCAAAAAGUAUAACAAGAGCCAGAAGUCGAUCGGAAAAUAUCAGCAGUUUAAUUACAAAAGCGAUAUCGUCAAAAUGAUAAAUUAAAAGUAAAUAAAAUUAAUCACUUUAUUUGUAAUUUUUAAAUGAAUAAAUUAAUUGAAAACUAUUUUCAUAUCGUCCAAAAAAUAUAUUUUCAUUGCUUAUUAAUUAAUAUGAAUAAAUACAAAAAAAUAUUGAUUAAUCAAAAACGCGAAACAAAAUCAUUCAGUUGCAUUGGACAGAAUCAUUAAUUCUCAAUCAGGCUGGUGAUUUUUAGUGACUAAAAUUAUAAAA